AUGGUGGAGAACCUGGCCAGAUUGGCCCAAUUCGACUCGGAUCCAGAAGUUCGAAGGGCGGCCAAAUUGGUAUUUUUGGAAAGAGAAGGAUUCGAUUCACCAGACGUGUUGUCUGAUGUGGAUCAAAUGCACCCAACUCUCGAUAUGCAAAUUCAUGUGCGUUUUUAGCAUUUUUUUAAAGUUUAUGAUGGUGGUUAUCAGUAGGAUGGGGAGUGUGCGGUAGAUUGUUGUAGAUUAUGAAAGUUUGCUGUAAUGUAAAAUUGGACAUGGUAAACUAUUAACUAGUACGCUGAGAUACGGUAGGUUGGGAUCAGGGGCGUCGCUAGGGGGGAGGGGGUGCAGGGGGGGUGGAUCCACCCCCCCUCCCCCCAGAGCCGAUCCGAAAAAAAUAAAUUGCACAGGUGUACCUGUGCGCGAAAAAUCGCAAAAAAAAAUUUUUGAAAAAUCGGUCUACAGGUAGCUAGCUACCUGUGGACGAAAAAAUUUUUUUGGGUCUCCACCCUUUCCCCCCCCCCUCCAGAAAAAAUCCGUAGCGACGCCCCUGGUUGAGAAAAAAUCCGUAGCGACGCCCCUGGUUACGUUAGGGCCUAGGGUACGUUAGGGCCUAGGGUACGUUAGGGCCUAGGGUACGUUAGGGCCUAGGGUACGUUAGGGCCUAGGGUACGUUAGGGCCUAGGGUACGUUAGGGCCUAGGGUACGUUAGGGCCUAGGGUACGUUAGGGCCUAGGGUACGUUAGGGCCUAGGGUACGUUAGGGCCUAGGGUACGUUAGGGCCUAGGGUACGUUAGGGCCUAGGGUACGUUAGGGCCUAGGGUACGUUAGGGCCUAGGGUACGUUAGGGCCUAGGGUACGGUAGGGCCUAGGGUACGGUAGGCCUUAGGGUAGGGGCGAGGAUUUGGUAAGGUACUGUAGGACAGGGAAACUGAUAUUCUGGCAUUUUCAGUACAUUCCUAAUCUUGCACGUGCUAAAUUCCGCGAGCCAUGGUCGGAACUUGCCGGUUGGAACGUUUUGAACCAUAUGGAGGACUUUGUUGAUGCAGGUCCAAACUAUCGUGUACUCAGUGACGUACUGUCUAGUACUCGAAAAGGACCGGGCGAGGACGAUUUUCACAGUGCUGCUGAUUGGCUGACCGCUGACGAUGAUAAGACGGCUAGUCCAGACGGAAAUGUUGGCUCGGUGGAGAGUACUGGUACUGAGGGUACUGGAUUGGGUAGAAGUAGUAUUGGUGGUACAGGAAAUGAGACUAUAACAGCUGUUACUAGUAUUGAUGGUACUGGCUUUGGUAGUACUAGUACUGGUACAGAUGGUACUACAAUUGGUAGUAUGGAUACUGAUGAUACUGGUAGUGAUGGAGGAGUCAAAAAUAAUACUAUUAUUGAUAUUAGUGGUACAGACGGUCCAAAUGGUAGUAUUAAUCCUAGUACUAGUGGAGUAAAUGGUACGAUUACUGGAGCUAAGGAUACUGAUGAUAUGGAUGCCAUUAGUACUAGUGCUAUUGAUACUGAACUUCUUUGUCUUGGUGGUACUAAAAUGGAUGUUGAUGGCGCUGAUACGAAUGGUACUAUCACUAGGGAUACUGUUGCUGAUAGUGCUAUGGAAGUUGGUACUGGUACUGAUGGUUGUUCAGGAGGAGCUAAUACUGGCGGUACUGAUGGUAUGGACGGUGCUAGAGUUGUUGGUAGGAUGUGUAAAGCUAGUACUGGUUCUACAGAUGAUGGUAUGGAUGUUCGUAUGAAUGAAGCUAGUACCGGUCCUAUCGAUCGCACUAUGGAUUGCUCUAGUACUGGUGCUAAUGAUGGUCGUAAGCUUGGAGAUGUUACUGGUGGUACUGAUGACGGUUUGCGUGGCUCUAGUACAAGUGGGGUUACAGAUGAAACUGGUAGUAAUGGCAUUGAAUUGCUUGAAGUUGUUGGUACGAAAUUAAAAGAAGAAAGCGAUGGAUCAAGUACAGUAUCAAAGGAAGAAGAACAAAUUCAGAUUGAUGAUGAUGACCAGGGUGAUUGCAGUCAAGUGUGA